AAAUUUGGUUGAACCGGGAGAUAGCCCGCUAACAAAUUUAGCACGAAAUUCAAAACCCUCAAAAUUCUUCCCCAAAAUUUCACAAUACCCCGCCCUAAAACCCCCCACAAAUUCCCCAAAUUCCAUUUUAAAACACCAUUUCAGAUCCAAUUUCACCCUCAACAACCCAAUUAUCAUCCUCCACUUUGCCUUCAUCUGUUCCAGAUCUCCCAAUUUUACCCAUUUCGAAAUCUUGUUUUUCUAGGGUUUUGAACCAUUUUCUUGAUCUGUUUCUGUUUACACAAAGGUCGUUACUUUAUCGGUCUACAGUGUUCUGAUGGCGUCCGAGAUUGAAACCCUUGAAGAGAAAAAGCAAAAACAAGAAGAUCUUAUGAAUCUUGAUGAUGUUGAAGUGAAGGAGAAAGAGGAAGCGAACAAAGAAGAAGAAGAGCAAGAUGUCGAUGAAAAAGAAGGUAGUGACGGUGAAGAAGACGAAGGUGAAGAAACUAAAGGGUCUAGCAAAAGGGGGAGAAAAGAGAGUGUGAAGAAAGGUAGUUCGAAGAAAUCGAAGACCGAUUCGAGCCCGAAAGAGCCGGUUACGCCGGUCGAUAGACCGACGAGGGAGCGGAAGACGGUUGAGCGGUAUACUGAGUCUAUGCAGAGGCUUUCUGCUCCCAAACCCUUUUCAAUUGAGAAAGGUUCAGGCACUCAGCUCAAGGAUAUUCCAAAUGUGGCGUACAAAUUCUCCAAGAGGAAGACCGAUGAAACCUUGCAGUCUCUACACCUUGUUCUUUUCAGCAAAAGAGCAAAGAUGAACAUGGUGAAGAAGAAUCUUGGCAUGUUUUCUGGAUUUGUCUGGGCUGAUGAUGAGCAAGAAAAGCAACGGUUAAAGAUGAAAGAGAAGCUCGACAAAUUCACGAAAGAAAAGUUGUUUGAGUUUUGUGAUAUUUUAAAUCUUCAAAUUCACAAGUCAUCUCUUAAGAAGGAAGAAGUUUCGUUGAAAUUAUUAGAGUUUCUAGAAUCUCCACAUGCUACAACUGAAGUCCUUCUUGCUGAAAAAGAACAGAAAGCUAAAAAGAAAAAAGCUAAGGCAAGAAAGAGCAGGACCCCAUCGUCCACGAAAAAAUCUGGUGAGAAACGCAAACGUUCAACCAAGGCUAAAGAAGAAAGAAACGAGGACGAAGAUGAAGGUUCCGAGAGUGAAAACGAAUCUAUGGACGAAGACGAGAAGAACACACCGACGAAACCAGAAAGCGGCGAUGAAAAGGAGAAAUCCGAAGAGGGUGGUGAUGACGAGGAGACUCCGGAAAGCGACGGUGAAAAAGAAAAGUCUGAAGAAGAAGAAAAGUCCGAAAGCGACGAGGAAAAAGAAAAGGUAACAAAUGAAAAGAGUUCUUCAAAGAAGGGUGGUAAGAAGGAUUCUGGUACUAAAACCGGUGAGAAAUCGAAAGCUGUUAAAAAGGAAGAUGUGGAAACACCGACAAAAUCUAGUAAAAAGUCUAAGAAAGGCGGUGACACUUCGGUUGGGACACCUGUCUCGUCUGCGAAGUCAAAGGUUUCGUCAAGUAAAAAACCGAAGGAGGAAAAGAACAGCAAAAAGGCCGAGGCUAAAAGCUCCGGCAAGAAAGAUUCCGCAAAAGAUCAAGGAAAAGGGAAAACCAACAAGAAGGCGAAAACUGAACCAACUAAUGAAGAAAUGCAUGCAGUUGUUGUUAGUAUCUUAAAGGAAGUUGACUUCAACACUGCAACUUUGUCAGAUAUCAUCAAACAACUUGGUACCCAUUUCGGGCAGGAUCUGUUGCACAGAAAGGCGGAAGUGAAGGCGAUAAUCACGGACGUGAUAAACAACAUGUCGGGUGACGAAGAUGAGGAGGAAGAAGAAAAAGCAGACGGUGGUAGUGAGGAGGAUGGAGACGGUGACAACAGUGAUUCAUAGAUGGCGUUAUAGGCGUUAGAUAAACAUGUCUGACUAGGAAGACUACAAGGUGAAAGGUGGCAACCGAAAGUAAUCGGUGUACAACGUGUGGUUUUUGUGCAGGAUAUACUUUAGUUGCCCUUUUUAUUAAUGUGUUUCUGUAACCUUGACUUGAGCUAUUUGUACCAUAGAUCGGUUGUUUUUGUGGGAACUUUUGAAGUUUUUUUUUUUUUUUUUUUUUAAAUUAGGAUUUGAUGAUACUCAUGAGCUAUACAUUUUCUGCUGUACUUUGUUUAAUUGAUUGGAUUUUUAGCUUUUA